AUGACCCUUAAAGUCUACAUAGACUUAUUCUCACAGCCUUCUAGGGCUUUAUACAUGUUUUUGAAACUGAACAACAUUCCUUUUGAAGAAGUUAAUGUUUCACUUCUCAAAGGUGAACAUAGACGGGAAGAGUUUAAAAAGAUUAAUCCUUUUCAGCGAGUACCAAUCAUCGACGAUAAUGGCUUUAUUCUUACAGAAAGUGUCUCCAUACUGAAGUAUCUAGCGAAGAAAUAUAAUGCACCCAGUCAUUGGUAUCCAGAAAAUGAUGUGGCAACGGUUGCCAGGAUUGAUGAGUAUAUGAACUGGCAACAUCUGAACACUAGGCAGAACAGUGCCCAACUAUUUUUCAACUUGAUGAUGCUUCCAAAAAUGACGCGCAAACCUAUAGACUGGGACCAAGUGAAAAUUCUUCGUAAAAAAGUUGUUGAGGUGGUGAAGCAUUUAGAUGAAUAUUUUCUGAUGGAUCAUUUGUACCUUUGUGGAAACGAAAUCACCUUGGCGGAUCUUCUUGGAGUUUGCGAACUAGUGCAGCUGUAUCCAGUUUGUGAAGAGGGGAUUUAUGAAAGCAACCCGAAAGUGAAAGCAUGGAUGGAUCGUGUUAAAACGAGGCUAGGGCAAUUGUUCAAUCAAGCGCAUGAACCUUUAUUUAGAAUGAGGGCUAGAUUUGACAGAAAUAUUAAUUCCAAAUUGUAA